AUGCAGCAGGCACGCGGCCCCCUAGUUGCCGGCGCUGCCGACAGAAAGAGCACCGACACACGUAGGGGGUCGCCAAUAGCGUUGGCGGACUGCUCUCGGCUCGAGCGCAACCUCACGCAAGCACUGCAGCUCGCCGACGCCAUCGCCACCACUCCCUCCACAGACUUUUCGACACCAGCCAUCAACCCGGGUGAUGGCAUCGAUGGGCUUGCUUUGCUCGCGUCCCCGAGCAACUCGCCCACAAUCGAUCCGGCACUCACGCUUUCGCAUUCCUCUGGAUGUGAUCCAACGGCGUCGGGAGUGCGCAGCGAGGUCACUGGCAGUCCGAAUGACGGGUCCGCGGCGGCGGUGCAGCAGCGCGUGCUGCGUGCGAAGGACAACGAAAUCGCGCACUUGCGCCGCACCGUUCAGGAGCUGAGCAACCAACUCCACAACGCACUCACCACACUUGAUCAGCGCGAAGACACGUCGGCUGAGCUGCAGGAGCUGAAGAGGACGUACGACGCGGAGGAGGAGCGGCGCGAGAAACUGAUGAGACACGCGCGCCUGGAAAUGCUAGAAAGCCGGGUCAGAUACCGCGCCCGGGAGGAGAACCUGGCGGAGACCUACACUACCGACGUGCACGCAAAGGCGACGGAGCUGUUAGAGCCACACACACAGGAGGUGCAUGACAAGAAUUUUGAGCUUAUGAAGGAAAAGAUCAUGCUAGCGCAGGAAGUCACCACGAUGCGUGCCAUGUACAAGGAUUUGCAGGAAAAGUAUGCGCUUCUGAGGCACAAGACCGACCUUGACGGUAGCGCCACACGCGAGAUGCUCCAGCGCAGUCUCUCUCAGAAGAAUGAGAUUGCCUCACUUCGGCUGCAGGUGAAGACCACCGAGGACAACCUCAACGCUGUUGUCGCCGAAUAUGAUAAAAAGCUCCACGCGGAGAGCAAGAUCCGCGAUGAGGCGAUUCAGUCACUGACGCGUGAGCGCGAUGCAGCGCGGCGAGACGCAUUGCAGCUCCAGCGCGAGCUGGGGCAGCUACGAAGCGCGGCUGGGAACGUUCUAGCGCAGCGCUCCGAGCUUGAGUCGUUCUUUUAUGCCGCUUUGGAAGAGGUUCGUCAAGGCGUCGUCGAGGAGCGUCGGCAGCAGCUGUUGGAGAAUACGACGAAGGGGGGUUUCAUCAACGCAAAGCAGGUGUCGCCGGUGCACACCAUCUCGUCUUUGUUGCGAGUAGAGGCCCCUGGGCGACUCAUGCUGACGGAUAGCGUGAGCCCUGCGCUGUCGAGGUCAUCGUCUCGUGCGGGCUGGACUGUCGAUGGCAAGGGCUUUCCAAAACGUAUCGCCGGCGCCGCCUCAAGGAACACGCGGCCGCUAGCAGGAAUCGCGGCGGCCUCGUCGUCAAGCUUGGCACGCCGCCCGGCGCCCCCAGGCAAUACGGCGCUGCUGAACUUGCAAGCGUCUCCUCACACUGAGAGUGCCAUGGUUGACGGCGCUCUCGUCACACUGCCGGAUGCGACUCCGUCCUAUCUGCGCCGUAGCGAGUAUGGGGUGCCCCCUCUCGUGGCGAGAGCGACCGAUCGCUGCGCGGCGGUAGCCGCGGCGGCGGUUGAAAGCGGGUGGUGCAGAACCCCCUGUGAAGAGGGCGCCCCGUUUCGACUUGGUCUUGCGACUGUGGAAGAUGGCUAUGGUGCUCCUUUUCCGGCUCCAACAGAGCAGUGCGGUGCACUAGACGCGGCCGAGGUGGAAGACUUCUCUCCCCUGCGAAGCCUGCCCAACGCCCCGACCUGGCAAGACGUCAAGAGGGUCGACGUGAGUGAACUGCGCUGGGUGGACAAAGAGCGCGUUAUUCAGCUGCUUUUUAAACGCAUCCGACAAGAGGGCCGGCAACACGCACGGAUGUUACAACACGCGAGCCUGAAAAGCGAUCCGUUAGCGGCGAAGGUUGACUCCGUCGCACCCGUAGAAGUGUUGCCUUCCGACGCAACAGAAUUGGGUCGCGACUCGCUCACGUUUCUGACGCAGCAGUAG